ACGCCUGCACCCGUCCGUCCUCUCCUGUCCUUAUCUGCUCAUCGUCCUCACCAAAUUGGCAAACUCAUUGAGAGACUCGAUCUUUGAUCCCUCUUCUUCCUCCUCCUCGGUUCUUCACCUCCCAAGAACCCCAGAAACCAGAGGCGGGCUGGUUGAUCCAUUCUUUCAAUUGGAUUGGAUUGAGCUGUGGAUCGGAAGAGGAACUGUAUAGUGUGGGAGAGAUCGAUUGAUUGAUCGAUCGAGAUGGAGCAGGUGGUGAACGCGGUGCUGGACCUGGUGGUGCCGCCGGCGAGCAUGGUGAUGCUGGCGUUCGCGUGGCCGACGCUCUCCUUCCUGCGCGGCGUGGAGUGGGUCGUCAAGACGCUCACCGUGGAGAACAUGCACAACAAGGUCGUCCUCAUCACCGGCGCCUCCUCCGCCAUCGGAGAGCAAAUCGCGUACGAGUACGCGCGGAGGAACGCGAACCUGGUGCUGGUGGCGAGGCGGGAGCACCGGCUGUUCGCGGUGCGGGAGAACGCGCGGGCCCUCGGCGCCGGCCAGGUCCUCGUCAUCGCCGCCGACGUCGUCAAGGAGGACGACUGCCGGAGGCUCGUCGGCGACACCAUCAGCUUCUUCGGCCAGUUAAACCAUCUGGUGAACACGGUGAGCUUGGGCCACGAUUUCUGCUUCGAGGAGGCCGGCGACACGGUCGCGUUCCCUCACCUCAUGGACGUCAACUUCUGGGGGAACGUGUACCCGACGUACGCCGCGCUCCCCUACCUGCGGCGGAGCCAUGGCCGUGUCGUCGUCAACGCCGCCGUCGAGAUCUGGCUGCCCAUGCCCAGGAUGACCCUCUACUCUGCGGCCAAGGCGGCGGUGAUCGAUUUCUACGAGUCGCUCCGGUACGAGGUGGGCGAUGAGGUGGGCAUCAGCGUGGCGACGCACGGCUGGAUCGGCGGCGAGGCCAGCGGCGGCAAGUUCAUGCUCGAGGAAGGCGCAGAGAUGCAAUGGAAAGGGGAGGAGCGAGAGGUGCCGCUCGCCGGCGGGCAAGUGGAGGCGUACGCGAGGAUGGUGGUCGCCGGCGCGUGCCGCGGCGACGCCCACGUGAAGCACCCCAACUGGUACGACGUCUUCCUUGUCUUCCGCGCCUUCGCGCCCGACGUCCUCGCCUGGACGUUCCGCCUCCUGCUGUCCACGCCAUCGCCGUCGCCGCCGGCGAGCGCCCGUCGCCACCAGCUCGCCGCGCUGCCGGCUCCGCCGCUCCACCCGCUGCUCGAGUACCCGUCGGCUCGGAGCCCCGGGCGCGCCGCCCAGCAGCACAAGCUGGAGUGACGACAAGUUUGGGCGACAGUGCUAGCUGCGUGCGUUAUGUGCAGCUGUGCGCAGAUGACACGAUGCAGUGAUAUAUGUAUGAACAUGAGUUCGCGCCAUCGCAUGAUAUUGCUGUGUGAUAUCUGGUGGUGACUGUGAUAUCUAUGAACUGAUUUGGUCGGUGUUUGAAUAAAAGAUACGAUAUCUGUAGCGAAUAUGAAUCAAAUUGCAGUGUUGUUGUA